AAUAAUAAAUUUAUUAAAAAAAAAUAAAAGACCCGUGCCAGCCGCUUUCCCUUGAACCUGGUGUUCACUUUUUUUUCUCCCACACACCCUAAAAAUCACCGGUUUUUAGGCUGCUUUGUGCCCUGUUCCGUGGAAUCCUCUCUAACGGGGUGAAGUGCCUAGUACAGUGACAGUGGUCGCUAUUGCUAUUAAUAACAGUCACAUUCACAGGCCCCUGUCGGGUACCCUCACAGCUGCCCUGGGCCAGCCUAGGCCCUCAUCCAAGGGCCCCCAGAGCAUCUUCCGGGACCUCUCCUCAGGGGUGUCUGGACGUGCAGUCCCACAGCCCCGGCCCGCCGGUAUGGUCUAAAUUGGGAGUGUGAUUGCAGCAGGAAUGCAGCGUGAAGGCAUCUGAUCUUGCUCGGCCGCCGGCUCUGAGGGGAGCGCGCCCCCUCGUAGGCUCCCUCUCUCAGCGCCCAGCUCUGGGUCUGGGAACCUGGGCCUCCUCAGCCCACCCGCUAGGCGCGGAGCGCGGAGGAGCGCGCACAGCCGCCGCACACACGCAGAAUUACUUUUGACGCUUCUCGAAGGCCCGCGGACUGGCCGCGCAGAGUCUGCAGCACUCGACUUUCCCGCCGCUGGAGGGGGCGGGGCCUGUGUGACCCCGCCCCUGCCCUAGGUCCGCCUCCGCAGGUUGAUGGCAGCGGCAGCUGGGACUGCAGCGACGCCCGGCCCCGAGAGUCGCAGGCAGCGGCCGGAGCGCGCAGCCGAACGCCCGGGCCCCAGACGCCGCGGACACCACGAGAGGCAGUUCCGGUGUCCUGACGCCUCCCUUGGUCCCCAGCGCAGCCCCAACCCCCUCCGCAGAGAAGUCGCACCGUGAGCGCCCCUCGGCCGGCUCAGGACCAGCUACGGGACUAAGGACCAAAAUUUGGGCACCGAGAUCCUCCAUCUCUGCCCCCAGCUAUGAGCCGGCGCGUGGUUCGGCAGAGCAAGUUCCGCCAUGUGUUUGGACAGGCGGCAAAGGCUGACCAGGCCUACGAGGACAUCCGUGUGUCCAAGGUCACAUGGGACAGCUCCUUCUGUGCCGUCAACCCCAAAUUCCUGGCCAUUAUUGUGGAGGCUGGAGGUGGAGGUGCCUUCAUCGUCCUGCCUCUGGCCAAGACAGGGCGAGUGGAUAAGAACCACCCACUGGUCACUGGGCACACUGCCCCUGUGCUGGACAUCGACUGGUGCCCACACAAUGACAACGUCAUCGCCAGUGCCUCAGAUGACACCACCAUCAUGGUGUGGCAGAUUCCAGACUAUACCCCUAUGCGCAACAUUACAGAACCCAUCCUCACACUCGAGGGCCACUCCAAACGUGUGGGCAUCCUCUCCUGGCACCCCACUGCCCGGAAUGUCCUGCUCAGUGCAGCGUGUGCUGGAACAGCAACGGGAGGCUGCUAGCCACCACCUGCAAGGACAAGACCCUGCGCAUCAUCGACCCCCGCAAGGGCCAGGUGGUGGCGGAGAGGUUUGCGGCCCACGAGGGAAUGAGGCCCAUGAGGGCCGUCUUCACGCGCCAGGGUCAUAUCUUCACCACGGGCUUCACCCGCAUGAGCCAGCGAGAGCUGGGCCUGUGGGACCCGGUAACGCAGCUGGACGCUUGGGGUGUGUGCCCCGGGGACUGGCAUCACGGGAGAGGGGCCAGGCGCCCCCCACCCGCAGGGCAUGCCCACCUGGACAGGGCUGGAGGCUGCUGCCCUCUUUGCAGCGCCUGCCAUCCUCACACCCACCCCUCUGCCCAGUUUUGCUGCGUCGCCUGAAGGAGCCCACGCUGGCGCCCCCGCCUGGUGAUGCCGAGUCCCUGGGGGUGGUUUGCGGUGACUGCAUGCGGCGGUGCAGGGGAUAUAGGUGCGGGGGACCGAGAGUGGUGUACAGGUGUGGGGUCUGCAGCUCUCUUCACCAGAGUUGCCUUGGGAAUGCGUGGGUUUUGGGGAGGGCACGAAGCGUAAAGGAGCUUCAGGGGAUCCAGAGCGGCACGGCGAGCGGGACAGGGCUGGUCACGCCUCCUGUGCUCGGGCAGAACAACUUCGAGGAGCCAGUGGCACUGCAGGAGAUGGACACAAGCAACGGGGUCCUACUGCCCUUCUACGAUCCCGACUCCAGCAUCGUCUACCUGUGUGGCAAGGGCGACAGCAGCAUUCGGUACUUUGAGAUUACCGAGGAACCACCGUUCGUGCAUUACCUGAACACGUUCAGCAGCAAGGAGCCGCAGAGGGGCAUGGGCUUCAUGCCCAAGCGGGGACUGGAUGUCAGCAAGUGCGAGAUUGCACGGUUCUACAAGUUGCACGAAAGAAAGUGUGAACCCAUCAUCAUGACUGUGCCCCGCAAGUCAGACCUGUUCCAAGACGACCUUUACCCAGAUACGCCGGGCCCCGAACCGGCCCUAGAAGCGGAUGAAUGGCUAUCCGGCCAGGACGCCGAACCCGUGCUCAUCUCGUUGAGGGACGGUUACAUGCCCCCCAAGCACCGCGAGCUGCGGGUCACCAAGCGCAACAUCCUGGACGUGCGCCCGCCACCCGGCCCCCGCCGCAGCCAGUCAGCCAGCGACGCCCCCUUGUCGCAGCACACCCUGGAGACGCUGCUGGAGGAGAUCAAGGCCCUGCGCGAGCAGGUGCAGGCCCAGGAGCAGCGCAUUACGUCUUUGGAGAACAUGCUGUGCGAGCUGGUGGACGGCACGGACUAGCGCAUCGCGCCGGGGAAGCUCCAAGCCGGGAGGGCAAAGUGGGGCGGAACGCAAGCACUCCCGCGCCGCCCCGGCUUUGGGUCCUCUGGACCCCGCCUCUCUGGGCCUGGGCCGGGACUAGGGAGGGAACUCCGCCCCUCGCGGGAGUCCUGGACAAAUGAAGCGUUGCGGACACUCGCGUCCGUCUGGCGCCUACCGGGCUGUGUGCCUCGUACAGGACUCAGCAGGAGCUGGCCUUGGAAGGCCCAGGGUGACGGGGGCCUCAACAAUGGUGCUGCACGGCAGGCAGUGUCCCCUUUGUUUCCCUUCCCGCCCAGGGCAGGGAAAGUGCUUAGUAUUAGCGCAAUGCUUGGGGAUGUUGGGGAGCUUGGGCUUGACCUCAAAGGGGUAGCGAUUUGACGGGUCUCCCCAGACUGGCUGGGGAAAAUUACAACGCUUCUCCCUGUAAUCAGCUCACUUGACUCCACCACCCUGAGUGGUAAACUCAACGGGCGUCACCCGAGUUCUACGGACAUACACAAACGUUGGCUGUACAGCCGGACCCACGGGCUACACCCAGCAGUCUACGGCAGAGGGCUCUCUUCCUUCUCUCCAUCUGCAGGGGAGAGGACGGCUUCCUCGCGGCACUCCCGCAGGAGAACCAACCAGAGAACUGGCAUGAGGAAGCAGGUUCACACCUCCCCCCUCCCAGACACACACACACACACACACACACACACACACACACACACACGCGCGCGCACACACACACCCCAGCCCUGUGUUGCGGCCUUGACUCUAGGAGGAAAACAAGACGUACUGAAUGAAACAUUUUACCAAGUGCUCAGUCUGUGCCUCCUGCAUGGGUGGGGAUGCUAGACCCCCAGCCUCUGUAAAUGCCACCACCAGACUCCUGGGGGCCCUGACAAAUGCAACACUCGGCUCAGGACCCACCAGACAUCCUCUUACUUCAGAGCCCUCCCCACACUGAGGUUCAGAAGGAACCCUCAACCCGCAGAUGGGCGUUCUUCCCCAGUAAAGGCAGGUAGGAAAA